UCCAACUGCAGAUGCAGAGCGGAGCCGAUCGAGCCGGGUAGUUGCGGAAAUGUGGAGAAACUGAAUUGACGAUUGGAAAACUGAGAACCCAAGUGGACAGGCCUGUCUGUCCCUGGCCACUGCAUGCUUGCAUUCCCCUUGCGCUGGGCCUGCCCCUCCACCCUGCUACUUGGCUGCCCCUCCUGCCAUCCUGCCUCUGAAACACCACAUUCCCUGGCAGCAAACACUUAAGAAUGGCUUUGACUCUGGCCGCUGUUCUGGCAUCCUCCCUCCCACCCUCUGAUUUGGGAGCCCGCCCUUUCCCUGGAUUGGAAGGGAAGUAAACACUCCAGAAUAUUUUUUUCCCCACCUGUUUGCUCAGCUCUGUGGGCUUAGAGAGCUUUAUUGGCUUCUGUUUAUCAACCCUGCCAAUGCCACCCCGCUCUCCAGCGCUGCCAGCGACAGGCACCUGCCGCCUGCAAACCUUACUGCCAGUUCUAAGCGGCUCCCAGCUGGGGACCUAGCACUUCUUUCUUCUUCCUCCUCCUCUUCCUCAACCUCUCCACAGUGACGCUAUGGGCACCUUCCCUUGGUUCCUGCCAGGCGCCUCCAUGCCAGCACUGCCAGGGCUGUUCCAGGACUCCUCCAUCCUCCCAGCUCACUUCGGGAGCAAGGCUGUGGAGGCAGUGCACUUACAGGUAUUCCUGGGCGUGGGGCUGAGCCUGCUCUGCUUCUGCCUGCUCCUCGGCUGCGCGAUUUGCUGGCACCGGCGGAGGACGCGGCGCCCGGAUUGCGGCGAGGCGCAGGCGUCGGGCCGCGCCCUGGUGGAUCUGGGCCCCGCUCUGCCCUCUCCGACGACCGCGGUGCCCAUCCAGCAACAAUAUGCCCAGCUGGCGGGGCAGCUUCUGGAGAGCCUGCCUGCUGCAGCUGCUCGUGCGCCGGCCUCGCCCGACGGCAGCCCCCCGACGCCCCUCCUGCGCGGCCGCGCCUCCCUGCCCAGCCUCGUCGUCCCGCCAGGGCUGAGCGCGCCGCCGGCCCAGCGCCCUCGGGGCCCGCAGCGCCGGAGCACCAUUGCCGCGGGAGACAGCAGCCCCCUCGCCGUGCGCCCCGUCGCUGCCCAGGCCAAGCCGCGACCUCGCCUGCACUUCGCCGUCGGCUACUCUCCUCCGGAGGCCACGCUCACCGUGAACGUCGUCGGCGUCGCCCACUUGCCCGGGGGCCUCGGCGCCAGCCGCAGCUGCUACGUCGAGGCGCGCCUGCUGCCGGGCUCCGCGGAGCCGCAGCGCACCGCCCGGCGCCGGAGGAGCCUCCACCCCGAGUUCCACCAGCAGCUCCGCUUCCCCGGCUGCGCCCGCCAAGAGCUGCUGGGCCUGACGCUGCGCCUCGCUGUGUACGCCAGGGCUUUCGCCCGUCGGAAGGACGCCUUCGUGGGCGAGGUGCUGUUCCCCUGCGCCCAGGUGGCCGGCGAGCAGGGCGCCUCGCCCUCGGCGCACGCCCAGGAGCUGUCGCUCACGAAGUGCCACAGUUCCCAGGACGUGAGCUCCGCCUCUUGGCUCUCCCAGCCCAAGUCCCUGGGGCAGCUUUUCCUCCUGCUCCAGUAUCAAGCUCUGGCCAAUCGCAUCAAAGUUCUGGUUCGCAAAGCAGAGAACCUGGGACGUGUCAGCCGGAUGCUGGGAACACCAGACCACUACGUUCUGAUCCACCUCUGCCACGACGGAAAGGUCAUUGACACAAAGGAGACCAAGUCCAUAGCGGGCUACAACCCCGUGUGGAAUGCCCCGUUCCUCUUCAGCUUACCUGCCGGAGACAUCCAGGAACAGCAGUUGUCCCUGGAGUUCACAGUCAUGCAGGCUCGCCUCUACACCCGCAGCUGCGCUGUUGGCCGAGUGCUGAUUGGUCCUGUGGCCCCUGAGAUGGGGCAGGUCCACUGGAAGGAGAUGUGCAGCCGGGGGAACAUGGAAUCUGCUCGCUGGCAUGCCAUUCAGUCAGAAGGCUUUCAGCUCUGCCCUUGAGAUGCAUGUGCAGAUCUUCCUGCUGGGGAGUCGUCUGCCUGUCAUGGCGAAGGAUGGCAGCCAAAGCAAUGGCACCCUGUGAGAAAUGGCCUUCCUCUGCUAUGGGAGGCUAGGGAAGGUUUGAGGGGAACUUGGCAUUGCAACACCUUUAAGGUAUGCAGGACUGCAAGGAAGUCCAGCUGGAGAAAUCCAAGCCAGUUCCAAGUCCUGCCAAGGCAGGGACUUUUUGCCCAAAGAGAGGUGAUGCUGCUCGGAGCCCUUCAGAAACCCCAGGUUGAAAAGUCGACUGCAAGCUCUCCAGGACAGCCAAAGGCAGAAAGAGCAGGUGGAUCAAGCUUUCUUCCUCCAUAACGCUCCCCACCUCCACCGGGCACGCUGACCUCAGAUCUAAGAUCCACUGCAGCAACAGCAACUUCUGGGGCAUUGCAUUAUCUGCGUAACUUUCGGCUGCCAGCCAUAGCGAAAGAGAACUGAAAACCGUGUCAGCAAAGCUGGAUUUGGAUGGCGCUCAAAGGCAUGGCGCUGCUCUAGGUGGGGUGCUGACUGCACUCAUGCUGCUGUUGCAACGAGGAGGAACUUGAACUGGGGCAGCUGGGUGCAAACAGAAAUGUCAGAACAGAAGGUGCUGGUGGCAUCGCUGCAAGGCAACCUGGAAGGGUUGUUGUGCUGGAGGCUGCGAUGGACAGAGCUCUGCAAGGAGAGCCUCUCUGUAUAAAGCACAUGCAUUGCCCAUUAAUAGCCUUUAUUGCAUUCCUUCUCAGAACAUGCUUAUUUCAUUCUCUUAUCUCACCCUUCCCUCCCGGGGGUUCAGGCCCGGCACACACGGAUCUCCCCACCACCUCCUCUUCGUAUCCUCUCAACAACCCUGCGAGGUUCUAUUAUUGGGCAAUGCCAUGUGGAAGAUGUUUCACACUAUACGUUAACUUAUCCCCUACAUGCAAAUCCAGAGAGGCACUUUUUGCAAACCCCUGUUUGUGCAGGAUAGCAGGCUCUCCCUGAGUGAGAGGGUCCAGGGGUUGUUGAGGGACCACACUGCACUGGGAACUAGAUCGAGAAGAAGCACCUGGGUAAAAUAGCUGUAAAAAGUGAGGGGAAUUUGGAGCACUAAACUGAAACAGGGGCAUCCCUGUUAUCAGAUAUCUCACAUUAUAUGUUUGCUGUUUUUAUUUGCAGGUGUCCGAGUUAUAUUUUAAACUGAUUAUGAUUGUAUGGAAUUGUCAUGGCCUUCAAUUAGUACAAUAAACUUAUUUUGAGUGAUGUAGGUUAGACUUGAGGGCAACCUGCCAGCUCAAAAUCUCCUCAGAAAUUUUAUGACUGA